GGCGCGGCCUGCGCUCGCUCGGGGGCGCGCGGCGCGGCGGGGCACGCGGCGGCGCCAUGGCGGACUACCUCAUCAGCGGCGGCACCGGCUACGUGCCCGACGACGGGCUCACGGCGCAGCAGCUCUUCAGCUGCGGCGACGGGCUCACCUACAAUGACUUCCUCAUCCUGCCGGGCUACAUCGACUUCACGGCGGACCAGGUGGACUUGACCUCGGCGCUGACCAAACGGAUCACGCUGAAAACGCCGCUGGUCUCCUCCCCGAUGGACACGGUCACCGAGGCCGGCAUGGCCAUCGCCAUGGCGCUCACAGGGGGAAUUGGGUUCAUCCAUCACAACUGCACCCCGGAGUUCCAGGCCAACGAAGUGCGGAAGGUGAAGAAAUACGAGCAAGGAUUCAUCACAGACCCUGUGGUGCUGAGCCCCAAUGACAGAGUGCGAGAUGUGUUUGAAGCAAAAGCUCGCCACGGAUUCUGUGGCAUUCCCAUCACGGACAAUGGGAAGAUGGGGGGAAAGCUGGUUGGGAUCAUCUCGUCUCGCGAUAUUGACUUCCUGAAAGAGUCGGAGCAUGACUUGCCCCUUGGUGAGAUUAUGACAAAGCGGGAGGAUCUUGUUGUGGCCCCAGCUGGAGUAAUGUUGAAAGAAGCAAAUGAAAUUCUGCAAAGAAGUAAAAAAGGCAAGCUGCCAAUUGUUAAUGAGGAUGAUGAGCUGGUGGCUAUAAUUGCCCGCACGGAUCUCAAGAAGAACCGGGACUACCCUCUAGCUUCUAAGGAUUCCAAGAAACAGCUGCUCUGCGGUGCCGCUAUUGGAACCCAUGAAGAUGACAAGUACCGGCUGGACCUCCUUGUGCAGGCUGGCGUAGAUGCAGUUGUUCUGGAUUCCUCUCAGGGAAACUCCAUUUUUCAGAUCAAUAUGAUUAAAUAUAUUAAGGAGAAAUACCCUAACCUACAAGUUAUUGGAGGAAACGUUGUGACUGCAGCUCAGGCCAAGAACCUCAUUGACGCAGGGGUUGAUGCCCUGAGAGUCGGGAUGGGCAGUGGCUCCAUCUGCAUCACACAGGAAGCUGCUCCAAAGAUCCCUCCAGACCUAAAGUCCCACAGCCCCAAAUGCCCUUCUACUGUCACGGGCACCUAUAUGCUGGCGUGCGGCCGCCCCCAAGCCACAGCAGUGUACAAAGUGUCCGAGUAUGCCAGGAGAUUUGGAGUGCCAGUGAUUGCAGAUGGAGGGAUCCAAACAGUUGGGCACAUCGCGAAGGCCCUUGCACUCGGUGCCUCCACAGUGAUGAUGGGCUCUCUGCUGGCUGCCACCACGGAGGCCCCGGGCGAGUACUUCUUCUCAGAUGGAAUUAGGCUGAAGAAAUACCGGGGCAUGGGUUCGCUAGAUGCCAUGGACAAGAACUUGGGCAGCCAGAACCGGUAUUUCAGUGAGACGGACAAAAUCAAAGUGGCACAGGGAGUCUCUGGGGCAGUGCAGGACAAGGGCUCUAUCCACAAGUUCAUUCCGUACUUGAUUGCUGGGAUCCAGCAUUCCUGCCAGGACAUUGGUGCCAAGAGCCUGACCCAAGUUCGAGCCAUGAUGUACUCGGGAGAGUUGAAAUUUGAGAAGAGGACGACUUCUGCCCAGGUGGAAGGAGGGGUUCACAGCCUCCAUUCGUUUGCUUUCUGGUUUGCUGCCUCUGAAGGGUCCCCUCACUCCCGUUCUCGCAGGUACGAGAAGCGCCUCUUCUGAAGCAGGUCCAUCUGUGUCUUGUCAUCGUGCCACUCAGCCCUGUGCCACCCUGCGCAGGAGCUGCUCUUGCUGCAGAAGUGCCAUUACUCUGUCGGCUGCCUGGAGCCCCCCAUGUCUGUCAGCUGCUUCACCACCACCUGGGAGGGCCUUCCAGCCACCCGGGAACUGUGCUUCUGGACUAGCACCUGGAGCCUUGCACGUGUUGGCCGUGUUUUACAAUAAAAGAGGAAAAGAUGUGCAGUUGGCAUGCA